AUUGUGAUUUUGCACAACAAUGAACUCUUUGGUGCUUCCCUCAUCCACAUUCUAAGCACAAAUCUGUGCAUGUGGGCUGACGUGAUCGUAGAGAAAAUCCGCACAACCCUGCACCUCGACGAGGACUACGAUAUGGAGGGCCACAAGCCGUCGCACUACUCCUCCACCAAACAGGCUACUUUCUAUCUCCUGCCUGCGGUCAGCGAGUACUGUCUCCUGUCUGCAGCCCUUAUCUACGAGAUCACAACGCGCAUCGGUGAAGCCAGCUACAUCGAGCUGGAGGAGGGCGAGGGACAUGAAAAACAGGUAUGA